GCGCGACUAUUUUGGUAAGCGUGGCACGGUUACCGCCAGGGUCAUGCCGCGUCCGUACAACCUCACAAAGCGCGUGCUCUUCUCGCUCGCCUUCCUUUCUCCCCGACUACCAACUCCUCUCGCCUCAAGCCUCCUCCCUUCGCCCGUCCCUCCCUCCUGCCUCUUCUGCCCUGCUUCCCUCGCUGGCCGACCCCUCCUGCACCGUACCCACAUUUAAUGGUCUGCACCACAUGGUCGCGCCCGCCACAGUCUCACCCCCGCAGCCCCAGGCAUCCGCCAACCACCACUAUGGCACGCGCAUCCGUUCAAACUCGGUCAUCAAGCCCUCCAUCCGUCUCCGCCAUUCUGCGGCCUCUGCGGCACCCCCUCCGAGGCGCAUCAAGCCCGCGCCAGUGUCCAAGUCCAAGCACGCGCCCGUGACUCCCGAUGUGCCACCGCCGGACUGUCCACCUUUCCCCCCGGACCAUGUUAUGUUACAUCAUGACGACGCGAACAGCAAGGUCUUCAUGGCCAUAGGGCGUUCGUUCAUGUCUGUCAAUAAUCGCGCUAUGACUAUCAAGGACCUUGCUGAGAUGACUAUGAAGUACGGUAUAAUGUGCCAAAACGUGUCCGCCGCAGGCCAAGCUAUCACCACCUAUAUCCGGAACCACCUUCAGCGCUGCGAAGUUCAACAGGACCACCCAUUGCUUCUCCGACACGUUCUCUCUGGUACAGCAUCCGAUGAUGAUCUUCUGCCUGCCCUGCACUCCCGCACGGGUGGCGCACCUUGUUCGCUCAGCCCGUCCGACACCAGAAUUACGAACUUUAGGCGCGGAACCAUGGUUUGGUACCUGAGCAGGGCCGCCGGCGCGCCGUGCCCGUUCGCCAGGUGCGGGAUUCGCUUGUGCGACUACACUGAGAGCGGCAAGGUUGGCAGCUUUCCAACCCACAGCCACGAGAAGAAGCGCGAGAAAGAUCGUCUCCGCCGUUCGGAGCAAUGUGGCCAGAAGCGGAAGCGCUUGUUACGCAGCGCGUUUGCUGAUAAAGGAUCAGACUCGGAUUCUAUGAGCGAGGAAGAGAAGCGGCCCCCAAAGGUGAAACUCACGUUGCGCCUUCGACCACUCCGCGCGUCUAGUUCUGGGGCCUCGUUGCCGGCAUCUCCCUCGCCGCAAGAUGAAGAAGCCUCUGCAUGUCAAUCGCAGUCGCACUCGCCCCCGGAGAUCAUUGACCUUUCCAAGGACGACUCUGACCUUGACUCGUCGGACUCCGAAGAGAACUCAGACGACGACGAUUCGAUGUCGGUGGAUUCUUCAUUGUCCUCUGACGCCGACGAAGAGAUGUCACCUGCACCUGCCCUGGGCGGCGAUGCGCUAUCACCUUCCGCAUAUGGCGCGCACCCAACCUUCUCCUCAGCCUCCCCAGACGUUUAUCGACGCUCGCCUUCUGCGUCUCCUCCACCAGACAGUGAAGACGAAGAGGACGACUAUCACGACAGUAUGACGAACUUCCGCCGUUACUCGCUGGAUCGCUAUUCAUCCUGGGAUGACGAAGACGAGGACGAGAUGAGUCUCGAUGACAACUUCUGGGACAUCGCCAACGACGCGGAGACGCAGUGGGAUAGCCCUGGCCCGCGAUCACCUUCCGCCCAGUUCGAGGACAGUAUCUUCGUCAAGGAAGAGCCGAGCGAUCUCAGUGGCAUUCUCGAUGCUUGGGAUGACCUCGACGCCAAGGGCGACCUCCGGGUCGUCGACGUCGUGCUCCGAGCCGCAGCCGGCCUUGACGCGGGUUUUGUCAAGCCGAAACUCGAGGAGAUCGACCGAUGGGAGCUGUCACAUUUCGCCAGCACUAGCUCGGAUAGCUUCACGACAACCCCGAUAGACGACGGUACCAGCGAUAUCAAGGAGGAAGAAGUCGAGAGCGGCGUCUCGUUCCUGACACGGGGGAUGCGAACCCCUACCCCUGACUGUGCCUCACUACCUCCGUCGCCGAUUUCGCCCAUCUCACCGUCCCCUCUUCCGUCGACGUCUUUCGUGGCAGAGCGCCGGGACAGCCACCUCAUAUGGCGCGACGCCGAGCUCCUAGGUCCGGACAGUCUCAAGCCGCAUGAUCUCGCUGAGGGCGACUGGCGAGAAGGCCGGAGGAGCAGCGAUAUCGCGUCACCCGUUGCCGAACAAACUGAGCCAACGGCUUUGGCCUCAACGGGCGCGUCGGGUGGUGCCUCUCCCCAGGGUCAGCAGGCACGUGUGGGGCCGCUACCACCGCGUUUGGACUUGACUGCGCCUGGCAGGCGGGAACAAGGUUAUCUUGUUCCGGAUCUGUCUUCCCCGUCCCUGCUCUCGUCGUUGACUUCGCUGACGAUCCACACUCCCACGUCCCCCGAGGCGCCCAAGGCUGCUUCCCCAUUGUCCUCCUCGCUUCAAGCUCCUGGGCUCGCUGCGCAGCAUGCCUCGUUGCGGCCUGCUCAGGACGAAGAGCCUAGAAUCAUUCAUACAUGCCAACCAUGCGAUCCUCCCAUCGUUGCCACGCAGCUGGAAGGCGUUAGUGUAUAUCAGAUGACACUUGGGUCAUCUCUAAUCUCCCGAAGGGUCGACACCGGUUUCGUUCAAGUCGAUCCUCUCCUGAAACAGCUCGGGCUUUCAUCCUCGUCCUCGCCGUUCCCGAACGCUAUCUCCAUAACGAAGGGCUCGCCGCAGGUGUGCGGUAUCUGGUUACCGCUGGCCGCAGCGCGCGACCUGUGCAAGGAUCAUUCCGCGAUGUCCAUCUUUCUGGCUGAUGAGCUGCCAGAUCGCUUCCCCUCAACUCUCCAGGAGCUUACCCGACAUGCGCACCCGUUCAGCAGAUGGCCGGGCUCGUUUGGGCAACACUUCAAGUCGACCAUCGAGGCGAAGCGCCAGUCGCUCUCGGCGCACCGUCUCGACUUCGGUGCUGAGGAUCAAGACAUGUCACACUGGGAGAGCGAGGAGCACUUGAUCUCGGUGCAGUCUGCGUUCGCGCUGACGCAUGCGAUCCUCCCGACGCCCGCGACGUCCCUGGAGGAGCACCUGGUGCCUGGGCUGCCGCUCAGCCCUGCCGAGGAGAAGAUGUUCAGGGAGCUGUGCUCUGAUCCAGAGUGGGAAUCGCCCACGCCCCCUCCGGAAAGCGCCGCUCUGGACCAUGCAGAAGCGGCGGUCGAGGUUCCUCCUGCCGAGGCUUCUGCGAGCGGGAAAGGGAAGGAGCCACCGGGCCAGGACCGGCCACUGCGUCGGUCGAAGCGGGUCGCGGACGCCAUUGCGAACCGGUCCAGGACGCGCUCGAGCAAGAGGGGCUCGCGUAGCUCGCUCUCUUGAAUGUGUGCGUCGGCACACAGUGCAUGCACAGAGGUGCUGCACCAG